AUGAGUGAUGCAAAUAUAUUAAAUAAAUUUAAUCUUAAAAAAGGCACUCCAAUAGUUCCACAAAUUUGUUGUGUUCUUUUUGACGAAAAAAUAUUUCCACGUCCUUAUAGAUUUGAGCCUGAACGAUUUCUAGAUGAUCAGGGCAUGUUAAAACGUGUAGAGCAAUUAAUUCCGUUUGGUAUUGGUAAAAGAAUUUGUAUGGGAGAAUCUCUGGCCAGAAUGGAAAUAUUUCUUUUUGCCUCAAACUUCUUCAGUCAUUUUGAAGUUCUCCCUGUAGAUCCACUUAAUCCUCCUUCAAGCGAAAAAAGACGUGGUCUUACUGUUGCUCCCAUUCAUUAUAAUUGUCGUUUGGUUGCUCGAACCAUUAAUAAUUAA